GGACAUAGGCUGUGUCCACCGCUGUUCCCCCCUUUCCAUUGUGGAUUUACAUAGGCAGAUUUCCGUGGUAGUGGGAAGCGAAAGAGGCGGGUGGCGACUGGCGAACCUUUCAGGAACCGAGACGACAGAGCAAACAACUUUACUCAACACUUUGGAAACUUGUGUCGCCGCAGAUUGUUCGCGCUGACGUCUUCGCCACUUUCGUCGAUUCUCAACUCUUCGUCUUACUCCCCCCCUCUUCGGGAGGCAGGCUGGGAGGUUUUCGGACAAGUUGGGAAGCAAUUGACGCCGGUUAGAGGGGCUGUGGCCAUGGCCGGAGGCGGCGGUGGCGGCGGCGGGCUUUCUCCACUCGGGCCCGCACCGCCGAUGUGGUAUCACAGGGACCUCAGUCGAGCUGCGGCCGAGGAGCUGCUGGCUCGCGCCGGGAGAGACGGCAGCUUCCUGGUACGGGAUAGCGAGAGUGUCAACGGGGCGUACGCUUUGUGUGUUCUGUUUCAGAAGCAUGUCCACACAUACAGAAUCCUCCCAGAUGAAGAAGGAUUUUUGGCUGUUCAGACGUCACAGGGUGUGCAACCCAAGAGGUUUAAAACAUUACCAGAGCUUGUGUCGUUGUACCUGCAGCCCAGCCAAGGUCUGGUGACCACUCUGCUUUAUGCUGUUGACCGAGAGGAAACCGCCAUCCUCGAUGACCGCGACUAUUCAGAUGGCGAGGAUGAGAAGCCACCCCUCCCCCCUCGUUCAGCCUCCACCUCAAUUACUCCCAGUUCAGACACGCCAGCUGACAGUGUUCCAACAGCGAAUGGCCUGAGCACUAUCUCCCAUGAGUAUCUGAAGGGCAGCUAUGCCUUAGACCUCGAGGCUGUGAAACAGGGAGCCUGCUCGCUGCCUCACCUCAACAAGACCCUUGUGGCCUCUUGCAAGCGUCUCAAUGGGGAAGUGGAUAAGGUCCUGUCUGGUCUCGAGAUCCUGUCAAAAGUCUUCGAUCAGCAGAGUGCCUUCAUGGUCUCAAAGAUGAUACAACAAUCAGUGAAUCAGGGUGGAGACCAGGAGCUGGAGAACCUAGUGACCAAGCUGGCCAUUCUCAAAGAUCUGCUGUCAUCCAUAGAGAAGAAGGCUCUGAAAGCUCUGCAGGACAUGAGUUUGUCCACCUUGUGCUCCUCUCCUCCUCUCUCCAUGCGGAACAGCAAAUCCAUCCCUGUGCAGCCCUUCGAGGUCAAACUGGAUGUCUACCUGGCAGAGCUGACCAAGAUAGGGAAGAGUCAGAAGUACACUCUGUCUGUGGAUGUGGAAGGAGGUAGACUGGUUGUGAUGAAAAAGGUGAAGGACAGCCAGGAAGACUGGACAACUUUCACACAUGACAAAAUCCGUCAGCUGAUCAAGUCCCAGCGGGUGCAGAAUAAGCUGGGCAUUGUUUUUGAGAAGGAAAAGGACAAGAGCCAAAGGAAAGACUUCAUAUUUGCUAGUGCCAAGAAGCGAGAGGCCUUUUGCCAACUGCUACAGCUGAUGAAAAACAAACAUUCCAACCAGGAUGAGCCUGACAUGAUAUCUGUCUUCAUCGGCACCUGGAACAUGGGUUCCGUUCCUGCUCCCAAAUCAGUUGCCUCAUGGGUGUUGUGCCGAGGACUCGGAAAGACUCUGGACGAGAUGACCGUCACUAUUCCGCAUGACCUGUAUGCAUUUGGCACGCAAGAAAACUCUGUGUGCGAUCGAGAGUGGGUGGAGUCGUUACGGGCCAUGUUGAAAGAACAAACAGAACUGGAUUAUAAACCGAUAGCGUUACAGACGCUGUGGAAUAUAAAGCUCGCUGUGCUGGUGAAGCCAGAACAUGAGAAUCGCAUCAGCCAUGUUGGAAUGUCAAGUGUCAAGACUGGCAUCGCCAAUACACUUGGUAACAAAGGUGCCGUGGGUGUUUCUUUUAUGUUCAACGGAACAUCUUUUGGUUUUGUGAACUGUCACUUGACUUCAGGGAAUGAAAAGAUUGCAAGGAGGAACCAAAACUACCUUGACAUUUUGCGCCUGCUUUCACUUGGAGACAAACAGCUGAGCUCCUUUGACAUUUCACUGCGCUUCACACAUCUCUUCUGGCUGGGAGACCUCAACUACAGGCUGGACAUGGACAUACAGGAGAUCCUGAACUACAUUAACAGAAAGGAGUUUGAUCCAUUGCUUAAAGUGGACCAGCUAAAUCUGGAGAGGGAGAAGAACAAAGUGUUUUUACGCUUUGCAGAGGAAGAAAUCUCAUUCCCACCCACCUACCGAUAUGAGCGUGGCUCGAGGGACACGUAUGUUUGGCAGAAGCAGAAAGCCACUGGGAUGAGGACGAAUGUUCCGUCCUGGUGUGACAGGAUCUUGUGGAAGUCUUACCCAGAAACGCACAUUGUUUGCAAUUCCUAUGGGUGCACCGAUGAUAUUGUGACUAGUGACCACUCACCAGUGUUUGGUACAUUUGAGGUCGGCGUGACCUCACAGUUUGUCUCCAAGAAAGGGCUGCCGAAAUCUUCCGAGCAGGCUUACAUUGAAUUUGAGAGCAUCGAGGCCAUAGUGAAGACUGCAAGCAGAACCAAGUUCUUCAUUGAAUUCUACUCCACAUGUUUGGAAGAAUUCAAGAAGAGCUAUGAAAACGACAGUCAGAGUAGCGAUAAUGUCAACUUCCUCCGCGUGGGCUGGUCCAACAAGCAGCUGACGACGCUGAAACCUCUCCUGUCGGAGAUCGAAUACCUUCAGGACCAACACCUGCUGCUCACUGUGAAAUCCCUGGAUGGAUAUGAAUCUUACGGAGAGUGUGUGUUGGCACUGAAGUCAAUGAUUGGCAGCACAGCCCAGCAGUUCCACACCUACCUGUCUCAUCGUGGCGAGGAAACGGGAAACAUCAGAGGGUCAAUGAGGGUCAGAGUCCCUUCUGAAAGAAUGGGAACCAGGGAAAGACUCUAUGAGUGGAUCAGUGUGGACAAAGAUGAAACAGGCGUACCCAAAGGGAAAUCGACGACAUCAUCAAGAGUGGGGCACGAAUAUGUGAAGCAACCUAUGGUUCGUAAACAGCUCGGAGAGCUGGGGAAGGUCAAUGAAGAGGGCGAGAAGAGCAACAAGGUGGAAACCGCUACAAGGCCCAAGCAAGAUUCAUCUGAUGUUGAUCAGUCUGUCAGCAAGAACAGCUACAAUAAUCCCGCCUACUACAUUUUGGAAGGGGUUCCCAAUCAAUCAGCCGCUGCCAUGUCAUCUGAGCUUCUCCCGUCCGCCAACUCCACCACCCCCCAGGCAAUGAAAGGCCCCCCUCCCAUCGCUGUAGCUCGGACCAAACCCCCAUGUGCCCCCGCAGGCCCGUCUCAUCCACGCAGACCCAUGACAGGUCACACGGUGCGUGCCAUCAGUGAGGAGAGCUCCUCAGAGGAUGAUGGAGGCGUUUGUGUAGGAGGAGCACAAGUCGGAGCCCCUAUGGGGAGCACACUUAAUCGCCCCCCUCCGGAUUUCCCACCCCCUCCUCUCCCAAAGGGAGCCAUGGAGAUGGCUGUGGAGACGCCCUUCCUGAAGCCCCGCUCACUUCACCCGGAUCUCGCUGAGGUCAAGAUCCCUGUGGUCGGUCCUGGUGCUCCACUGACCCUCGGGGAAAGCUUCAGGCGAGGAGGUGGCGCUGUUGGGGGUGGGGGCAUCGGUAGCGGGGCGUUGGACGACCAGUCUUGUUCUGUGCUGCAGAUGGCAAAGACACUGAGUGAGACUGAGUUUCCGGGGCAGCCUCCACGGGCUCCCUCUGCACCGCCUCCCCUUCGGGGGCAGGCCAUGGGUUUAGGUCUGGACUCCUGCCGCACCUUCCCACCCAGAAAUGCCAUCACAGAAAGUAUUGCUGAAGAUCUUCCCGAAGAGGCACUUUGGGGGAGCAGCAGCUCGUCUUUGUCCGUGGGGGACUCUUCAGUAGGGGAGUGGCUGCAGAGAUUGGGACUUGAGAGGUAUGAGCAGGGCCUCCUGCACAACGGCUGGGAUGACCUGGAAUUUCUCAGCGACAUCACAGAGGAAGACCUGGAGGAGGCAGGAGUACUUGAUCCCUCCCACAAGUGCAUUCUGCUGGAGAGCCUCCGGCAGCAGCAGAAACUGUAGAAAAGGGGCCUGAUGAUUUCCAAAGCACUCAGACAGCACGCCUACUUCCCACAAGGCCAAAUGUCAGCAGAACUGAAAGGGAAUGUGCCAUUUGACGUCCAAUGUGCCUUCUGAGAGCGCGUGCACUUCCCUUUUUACUUUGGACUUGCUGACAGCAUCCUCUUUCAAGCAUCCUUCAACUGGUUGAUGUGGACGCGGCCUUAUUUAAGGGUCAUCGGAUGCCGCAGUAAUACUGAAUGAAACCAUAUUGUCAUGAGAAACAAAUCACAUGAUACUGGAGAGGAUUUUUUUUUUGACAUGUGUUCUAACCUCUGACGCAAGCAACGUCAACAGGAGAAAGAAAAUGGAGGCCUUCUGUGCCAGCGUCUUGACAUUUCAAGCCAUGGAUGUCCUUCACGACUCGUGAUGACAGCGUGGGCCAAGUCUCAGGUAUUUCCCCGUGAGUGGUCGCUGCCUGGAAGUUAUGUGGAAGGAAGCCAGCCCAGUUUGGGUAAAUGUCGAGCCACAUAGAAACAAACUGAAAGCGGCAGCUGCAUUAGGAUGUUGCAGAAAGGACCUCGAUCACGUGGACUGAACUCACUCCUUUUCACUUUGGACUUAAGUUUCAGUGUUUCAGUGUAUUUAUAAUUUGGUUUCUUUUUGUCAGGGUAAAGGGAAAAUGGUGCAAAUCCGUAGUGAAUGAGCUAUGAGUGCGCACAACAUCAGCAGUGGUUUGAGAUACACACUUGAUCUUGGUAUUCCAGCUUGCUGGCGACGUUUCAGUGCUCAGUCACCAUGCACCCAAAUGCCUGGAAAUGGACAACGCCGGGCUAUUGUUUGAGUUUCCAUUUCUCAAGUCCACACUCGAUGUUACUGUGCCAAUGCAACCCAAGUUUCACGGCCGUAAUAUCACAUUUUAAUGUGAAAUUGAGCUUUUGUUUGUUUUAAUUGCUUUCGAAAACCAAGUGAGUUAACUAACAUGUUCAAAAAAAAUCUAAUACACUAUAGUAUUGUGUUGCAGGAACCACUCGUCUCAGAAUGCUUUUUCCAAAGGGGUAUUUUAUAGUUGGUAAGGAGCAUGACGUCAUUUGCACGCGUAGAAGAGGUCACGUGAAAAAAAGUAAGUGGAAAGAAUUUUUUUGGGUUAUGUGACAUUAGUGAUAUGACCACUAGAUAGUGCUGCUACACCGUUUAUUUCCAAACAGCUCGUGACUGGGCACCUGGCGACACCAUCUUUUGUGUUUUGAACGCUUCGCAGUAUUCUGUCAGCCUUGAAAGAAAAUACAACUAAUGUGAGUUAUGUUACCUGGCCAGGUUCAUUUUAUUACUUCUUGAACUAUUUCCUGUUCUAAAAGCUAUUGUGUUUUAAAAAGAGGCGGGUGUCAGAAAGCGGGCUGAGCUGCUUAAAAAAAAAUCACACACCGCUCUGAAUUAAGCUCUUGCUAUAUAACCCGUAAGAAUUUUUCAAAUGUUAUGUUGUGUGACCAGAUGAGUUUCAUGUACUGUUAUAUGUACAGAUUUUCCCCAAUACACAUUCUUGUUUAAAAACUC